AUGCGUUCUUUCGGCGUUGAAAUCCCUGGAGAAAGGGGUAUCUUGAGUAAGCUUUCCCUUAAGCAACGUGCCGGAGUUUGUAGUUCUCUAGGGGUUCGGGUAUCUACCUCGAAAUUCGCUGUCACGUGUACAUACUACCGUAGUACCACAUACCGUACUAGAGAGCGGGUAUUAAAGUAA